GCCGGGCGCUUGGGGCGCAGCGAUCCCGCUCCGGUGUGCUCCCGUUCCCGUUCCGCUCCUCCCGCUCCGCUCUCGGCCCGCUCCCUCCAUGGCAGCACCGCCCGCAGAGUUUGACCGGUAAAGAUCCCUGCAGUCCUCCUCCAGACUAUCUGGUCAAGCUGCCUCUGUCCACAUGUCCUUCAGAACCCUGGGCCCGGCUAAAUUCGACUUGUGAAACCUGUCAGCAGAACGUCGAGCGUGGGGCUGAUGCAGAGGAGGCUGCGUGGCAGUGACUUGGGACCUGUAAAGAAUUUCUCUCCUGUGUCAGUGAAAUCACACCUGUGUGACACCUGUGCAUCCACUGUGGGUGGUGGUGCUCAGCUGCUGGCUGAGCUGAGCCACAACAAAGUGUUGUCUGGUGUUUUCUGCCACAGGGAGAGGCAGAGUGUGAGCAUCAGGUUUAGUAGUGCUGUUGCAUGAAUCUCUAAGUUUGGGUUUUUACAGGUUUUUUGGUGGCCUCCCUUUUGUUCACACGGUGUUUUAUUAGUGCAAGUGUCAACCCUUCGCUGUUGGAAUUUGUAAUUCCAGGGGGAUUUAUUUCUGUUUUAAUUUGAAAGAGCACAGAAGGGAAGAGCUGCUGCUUUCAAUGGCCACCUAGACUCUCGCAGAAAUGGCACGACAUCCAUCACAUCCGGCUUGUGCUGCUUUCCCCCUCCAGCCUGCACGGGCUGUCCGUCACCCGGGUGUGGGAGUGAUGCAGUAGGUGGGCAGGGCUGCGGGGUCAGCACAGCUCUCUCAGGCGCAGGGAGGAGGCUCCGGAGCGGCAGCACCAGAGCCAUGGCUCCUCCGGCCGGCGCGGCCCCCGGGGACUCUGCGGGCCGGGACAGCUCGGGCAAGCACUACCUGUGCGGGCUGUGCGCUGCCUUCACCAAUAUCAUGGUGACCUUCCCCAUCCAGAAGGUUCUGUUCCGGCAGCAGCUGUACGGGCUGCGCACGGGGGAGGCCGUGCGCCAGCUGCGCCGCGACGGGCUGCGCACGCUGUACCGAGGCAUCCUGCCCCCGCUGAUGCAGAAAACCGCCACCAUGGCGCUCAUGUUCGGCCUCUACGAGGAUUUCUCGGCGCUGCUGCUCAGCCACGCCCGCGCCCCCGAGCUCCUGACGCGCAGCGCCGCGGCCGCGCUGACCGGCACCACCGAGGCUGUGCUCACACCCUUCGAGCGCGUCCAGACGCUGCUGCAGGACUACAAACACCACGACAAGUUCACAAACACUUACCAGGCUUUCAAGGUUCUGAAAGCCUACGGGAUGCGGGAGUAUUACCGGGGAUUGGUACCGAUUCUGCUGCGAAACGGGCCCAGUAACGUGCUCUUCUUCGGCCUGCGGGGGCCCAUCAAGCAGUACCUGCCUGAAGCCACCUCCUACAGCUCUCACAUGGUCAACGACUUCAUCUGCGGGGGGCUGCUGGGCGCCGUGCUGGGCCUCUUGUUCUUCCCUGUGAAUGUCAUAAAAACUCGCAUGCAGGCUCAGAUUGGUGGCGAAUUUCAGUCCUUCUCCAAAGUGUUAGUGAAGAUCUGGCUGGAACGCGACAGGAAGGUGAUCCACCUCUUCAGGGGAGCCCACCUGAACUGCCACCGCUCUGUGCUGUCCUGGGGGAUCAUCAAUGCCACCUACGAGUUCCUGCUGAAGCUGCUGUGACCCCGUCCUGCUUGUGGGGUGCCAGCACUCAGUGUCCUCGGUCCCAGGGAACAGUGCCCCUGGUGUGACAGGUAUUUAUGGGGUGAAUGGUGAUGCAUUUAUACCUUGGUGCAAUUAUGAUGAUUUUUUUAAAGUAUUCCUUUGCUUGCAGGUGAGUUUACCCAUAACAGAGCUACUAGACAAAUACAAGGUGUAAAAGAGGAAACAAGAGUAGUCUGUAUCACUCCCAAAAUUCCAUGAUGCUCUGUGAUGGGGUUCACUCCACUGCCCAUGUUUAGAACAUGAGAAUCAAGGAGGGGCUAAAAAAACCCAAUUCCAUUGCCUGAUCAUCUUCCAAGUCUCGAUUUUGGAACUGUAUUUUCAGAUGUUUUAGAGUCCUCAUUGUGUAAAGCUCAAAGGACACAUCCAGAAGGGGAUGACUGAAGUGCAGAGCUCCCAACUGCACCUCAGCUGCUGCAGCCACUGCAGGGUGUGGCCUGUGGUGACCGUGUCCUCCAGCCCAGGCUGGAUCUCUGUGUGUAUGUGUAUGUGUUUGUACGUGUGCCUUCCUGCCAAAAGGGAAAAGCAGAAGGAAUGGGACAGCAAACUCACUGAAGCUUUAAAGUGUCCUUCCUUGUUAAAAAAGACAGUUUGUUCUGAUUUUUGUGAUGACUUUUUUUAUUUUUUUUUUAAUUGCUGCUUUUCCUGUUGCCUCCAGCUACAGGAUCAGGGAGGUGUCCCUGUCUGUAGUGCUCAGGGGACACUCCAGCUCCUGCAGAUGCCCAAGCACUUCGCUCACAGCUUUUUGCACUGCCACAUCUUGCUGCCCUCGUGGAUCACAGAUCACAAGAUGUUGUUACCCAAACCUCAGGGUUCUGCCUGCUUGGUGUGUGCUGAUAAUGGUUCUGCAAGAGAGUGGCACAGGCAAGGUCACAUUCCUGGGUUACCUGCUUCAGUGGAGGUCUGUAGGUAUAGCAGAGAUGAAAAGCCAAAGAUGACCUUGGAAGCAGGGAGGCAGGAAAGGUGGAGUGCUUGGAAACAUGUUUCAGGACUUCUGUAGGCAAAGACUGAAAAGGACUGACAGAAAUCUGUCUUACAGACAUGGGAGUUGAGAGAGAGAAGACUUCAGGCUUUAGAUACAGGGACAGAAGAGCAAGCAUAACCCUGAGUGAGAUGAGUGUCCUAACAAAAAGUGUUUGAAUGUCCCUGAGGGCUUACUCUUUAAUUAAACUAGACAUUCAUAUAUAAACCAGAACAGAUGGAUGAUGGGGAGCAGCAAAGCUUUCAGAAACCGCUUUGAAUUUAGUCUUAAGUCUUGGAGGGGCUAUUGCUUUUCUGAAUUUGAGUUUUCCAUUUCCUAAAACUGUCUUCUGAAAUCGAACCUAAUCAGUGUGUUGUAAUCAUACAGUCCUGAGCUUCACAGACGGCAGCGGGUGGGCACAAGCACGAGUUCCUGUACCCAGUGGUGAUUAUCUGCAUCUAAAUAAAAUGUUUACUGGAUGUUUGUCACUGGCAGAAUCUGA